ACUCGGGGGCCGGAGGCACUUCGGUACUGGCCCCUUCCCCUAGCCUCCGACCCGGGGUGGUGACGGGUCCCGGGAGGCCGCGAGGGCGCACGACCCAACAUGGUGUCUGCGCCCCGGGGGAGCCGGAGCCGCGGACCAGCGGCCUCCCGCUCCUUCAGGCGCGCCCCGGGAGACCCCGCGGGACCGGGUUCAGAGGCUCGAGGCCUGCGGGGUCAGCUCUUCCCCUCCCCCCCUCCGCGGCCGCUCGCGCCUCCGAGGGAAGCUGGUGUCCGGGGCCCCGCCCCACCCCACCCCGGCCUAGCCCUUCCCACCCGGAGGGCCCCCCGGAGCCUGGGAGCGGGGCAGGUCGGAGCCGGCCUGGAGGGCCGGCCCGGGGUCAGCCCCCGGCCCCGCAGGGCCGGCAGCCUCCUGCGGAGCCAGGGAGGCGGGGUGGGACUUCCCGGGCCCGGCCCGCCGCGGCUUGCGUGGCGCGCCCCCCCCCCCCGGCCGCCUCAGUUUCCCCUCGGCCUUAACGCGCCCUGGCACCCGUUCCCCGCCUCGCCGCGCUGCUCUGACCCUGCACCUCGGCAGAUGGCAGAGACUUAAUUCCGCCCGCUGCCCGGCGCGGCUGCAGCCUAAUCGCCGCCUCCCCUCCCUGCCCUGCCCCACCUCGCCCCAGUGCCAGGCGCUGGGAGCCGGGGAGAGCGGAGCCCUCCUCCCCCCUCCCCUCCCCCACGCGCGCCGAGGGGGCCGGGGCCGGAGCGGAACCUCUUCCUGUUCAGCCUUCUUUGGCUUUCGGGCGAGAACAGAAGGAAAAUCGGAGGGGGGUGGGCGGCAGCGCGCUGCGGACCGGGAGGCGGAAAGCGCUUCCCGUGAGCUGCGGGCUUCUGCUGCCUCUGGGUGUGCGUUGCGAUCCAGUGACCCCAGCCGCCCACCCUGCACCAGGGCCUCGGAUGGUGCAGGGGGUGUGGGGAUGGCGGGCGGGGAGCGGGGCUUGAGGGCCCCCCGGGCUCAGGCCAGGCACUUCUCGCAGCCCCGGGGAGCAGCCAGGACAAAAGCCAGGGGCCACUGUAUCUCAGCUGUAGGUGCCGGAGAAAGGCGAGGAAUCCCCAUUUUGCUUCACACUGCAUGGGUUUUUUCCCUCCUCCUCCAUUUGCUCCCCAAGGCCCCUCCACUAGUACCUGCUGCCACCUGCAGAGCCUAUCUCCUGUUACCAUCCCAGGGCUGGGGACAGGUGUAGGUCCCACCCCCACUAUGGGGGACAUGAAGACCCCAGACUUUGAUGACCUCCUUGCUGCCUUUGACAUCCCUGAUAUUGAUGCUAAUGAGGCCAUACAUUCAGGGCCUGAGGAAAGUGAGGGGCCUGGGGCCCAAGGGAAGGCAGAACCCAAUGGUGGGGGAUCUUCCGGGGAAGGACCAGGGGCUGCUGGAGACGCGGCGGCUCCGGCCCAGCCCUCUGAUCAUAGCCUUCCCCAUCCAGACAUCUCUGCUGUCAGCGUUAUUGUCAAAAACACUGUAUGCCCGGAACAGCCUGAUUCUGUGGGUGGUGGUCCAGGUGGGGACGGAGUGCGAGGAGGGCCAGGGCCCAAGGAAGGGACCAUGGGACCCCGACAACUACAGAAUGGUUUUGGGGGCCCUGAGCCAUCCCCCUCAGGAGCUGCCCGCUCCCCAGUUCCUCCCAAAGGAGAGAGUUGGAAAGACAAAACAGGGGAAGGGAAGCCUUCCUUGGACCUCUUUGCACAUUUUGGGCCCGAGUCCCAGGCCCCAGGCCCCUUGCCGCCUCCUGUUCCGUCAUCCCGUGAGGGGACCCUGACUUCUCCCUCUUUCUCUACCCCUUUUGAAUUGAGCCAGGAAAAUGGUCCUUCUCUGCUGCCACCUGAUUCUUCCCGACCCUCAGGAACCACAGAGCCAGGCAGUGACAGCCCCCUUCGUCCUUCUGGCUCGGGCAGGUCUGGUGUGGCCUCCAGCCCCAAAGAGGUGGGCGUCCUUCCUGCCCAGGGGGGUGGGGCCCCUUUUUUUAAGUCAUUGCCAGCCUCAGGAAACCCUCCUAGCUCCCCAAAGCCACUGGGUACCGGUCCACCGAGGGAUGAAGAUGAAGAAGAUGAGGGAACAGCCGACAAGUCUGCCCCUGAUACCCCUCAGAGUCCUUCAAGCGGAGCUGAGGCAGCCGAUGAGGACAGCAAUGACUCCCCAGCCUCUUCCAGCUCCUCCCGACCUCUCAAAGUUCGUAUUAAAACUAUUAAAACCUCCUGUGGGAAUAUUACCAGAACAGUGACACGGGUGCCCUCAGACCCUGAGCCCCCUCCUGCCGCUGUUCCCCCGACUGAAGGGACCCUUCCAGCAGAGGCUGGCCCCCCAAAGGCACCCCCGGUGACCUCAACCCCCGAAAGCCCCAAGGUGGUGAGCGUCCAGCUAGGGGAUGGCACCAAGCUGAAGGGCACAGUGCUUCCAGUAGCUACCAUCCAGAACGCCAGCACCGCCAUGCUGAUGGCGGCGAAUGUGGCCCGCAAGGCCGUGGUUCUGCCUGCUUCUGCCGCCCCCAAGGGCGUGGCCAAAAAUGUUCUUGGCUUGGCACCCCAGACUCUGCCCAAAUCUGAGGGGAAGGGGGCACUGGGGGGCGGGGGUCAGAAAGUCAAUGGUGCCUCUGUGGUGAUGGUGCAGCCCUCGCGGCCCACGGGUGCUGGGGGCACAGUGAUCUCUCGGACCCAGUCAGGGCUGGUGGAGGCUUUCAACAAGGUCCUCAACAGCAAGAACCUACUGCCGGCUUACCGCCCCAACCUGUGCCCGCCGGCGGAGGCGGGGCUGGCCCUGCCCCCUUCUGGCUACCGCUGCUUGGAGUGUGGGGACGCCUUCUCCUUGGAGAAGAGCCUGGCCAGACAUUAUGACCGCCGCAGCAUGCGCAUCGAGGUCACCUGCAACCACUGUGCCCGCCGACUAGUCUUCUUCAACAAAUGCAGCCUCCUCCUGCAUGCCCGUGAGCACAAGGACAGGGGCCUGGUCAUGCAGUGCUCUCACCUCGUCAUGCGGCCCGUGGCCCUGGACCAGAUGGUCGGGCAGCCAGACAUCACGCCUCUGGUGCCUGUGGCUGUGCCCCCCCCGGCGCCCCCCCUUCCUGCCACUCCAGGCAAAGGGGAAGGGGCGGCUGACUCCCCGGCGUUGCCCCCGGCGGCAGAGCCGCCACCAACCUCUGCUCCCACCUUGACUUACACCUGCUUUCGAUGCCUCGAGUGUAAGGAGCAGUGUCGGGACAAGGCCGGGAUGGCCGCUCACUUCCAACAGGUCGGACCCCCUGCUCCUGGGGUCGCCAGCAACGUGUGUUCAACUUGCCCCAUGAUGCUUCCCAAUCGCUGUAGCUUGAGUGCCCACCAGCGCAUGCACAAGAGCCGCCCCCCUCAUGUCUGCCCUGAGUGUGGGGGGAACUUCUUGCUGGCCAACUUCCAAACUCACCUUUGGGAAACCUGUCUCCAUUUCUCCCGGCGCGUCGGAUACAGGUGCCCCAGCUGUUCAGUGGUGUUUGGUGGAGUGAACUCCAUCAAGUCCCACAUCCAGACAUCCCACUGCGAAGUUUUCCACAAGUGCCCCAUUUGUCCCAUGGCUUUCAAGUCCGCACCCAGCGCUCAUGCACACCUCCUCACCCAGCACCCAGGCUUCAAUGCCCAGGAAGCCAAGCUGAUCUACAAGUGUGCCAUGUGUGACACAGUCUUCACCCACAAGCCUCUGCUCUCCUCACACUUUGACCAGCACCUGCUGCCCCAGCGCGUCAGUGUCUUCAAGUGCCCGUCCUGCCCUUUACUUUUUGCUCAGAAGAGGACCAUGCUGGAGCAUCUCAAGAACAGUCAUCAGACUGUGCGGCCCGGAGAGGAAGCUGGGGGGAAAGGGACAGGGGGUACCCUGCUUACCCCUAAGCCUGAACCUGAGGAAUUGGCUCUGUCUCGGGGUAGGGCAGGCCCUCCCACAGAAGAGUCAUCUUCCUCUUCAGAAGAAGAGGAACCCCCUAGUUCCCCUGACCUACCCCGACCAGCUAAGAGGUCCCGACGUGAACCACGGGGGAACAGGGGCAGCAGGGGACGGGGUGGGGGGCUUGGGGGCUGGACCUGCGGCCUCUGCCACUCGUGGUUUCCCGAACAAGACGAGUAUGUGGCCCACAUGAAGAAGGAACACGGCAAGUCGGUGAAAAAGUUUCCCUGCAGACUUUGUGAACGCUCCUUUUGCUCUGCCCCCAGCCUGAGGCGCCACGUCAGGGUCAACCAUGAGGGCAUCAAGCGUGUCUACCCCUGCAGGUACUGCACAGAGGGCAAACGCACUUUCAGCAGCCGGCUGAUCUUGGAGAAGCACGUCCAGGUCCGGCACAGGCUGCGGCUGGGUGCCCAGUCCCCAAGUCUGGCAGGGACACUUGCACGUGGCGGUGCCCAGGCUUCUGGGCCCAAGCGCCGCCCGUCCUCGGACUCCUGCAGUGAGGAGCCAGACAGCACCACUCCACCAGCCAAACCCCUGCGAGCCGGGCCCGGUGGUGGCGGCCGGCCACCCCUGCGCUACCGGACCUCGAGCGGGGCUGAGCAGGGCCACCCGGGAGGGCUUCGCGGCGACGACGGGGCCUCUCAGUGUCGGGACUGUGGCCUCUGCUUUGCCUCGCCUGGCUCCCUCAGCAGACACCGGUUCAUCAGCCACAAGAAGAGGCGCUGUGGGGGGCUUGCUGGCGGGGGAGCGGGGGCUGUGGAGGAAGUGCCUCCCCAGUCGGGGCCUGAGCUUGAAGGAGGGGACUCGCCUUCGCCGGCUUCUGGGGGACCCCUGGUCUGCAAGGUCUGUGGCAAAGGCUUUGACAGCCCGCUCAACCUCAAGACACAUUUUCGAACCCAUGGCAUGGCUUUCAUCCGUGCCCGGCAGGGCGGUAAUGGGGACAGCUAGGUGACCCCCUCCUCCCUGGGAAGCAGGGGGGAGGGGCCCUGGAGCUCUAGAGGAGGUAAAAACGGACCCCCACCACUGCUGUCUCCUCAUGCCCGGGCUAGGAAGGACAUCCCCUCCCUCCUCUCAUCUCCCUUGCCCCAUAUUGGGUUUGGCACCUGGGUCCCAGAGAGGACCUUCCUCAUCUCAUUUCCCGACCUAACACUAAUCCUCAGCUCCCCCCUCUCUUCAGGCAUUUAGUGUGUAGGUGGGGGGGUGGGGUGGGGAUUAGAAACCUGUCUCUACUUUGGUUUUAGAGGCACCCCCAACUGAUCCUCCCUCCCCUUCUUGGUUCCCCCCAACCUUAGGCACCAGGAGAGGUGACCUUCCCCUCCUCGGGCCUGCCCCCAGCCUCCUGGCUCCAGGCCCGGCCCCUACAGUGCCUUUCACUUCUCUUUGUUCAGAAACUCUAUGGGAGGUUGGUGGGGACCAGGGAGGGCAGAAGGGGUGGGUACUCAGGAAUCUUUAUUCUUGUAGUAAUAAGAAUAAUUAAUAAUAUUAACAUUGAGAGGGGAGGGGAGCGGAGCACUGGGCCCAUUAAAACUGCUAGUGGUUUAAUCC